CUCACUUUUAAACUAGCUAGCAGGAGGAGAACCAAAAGCUCAAUGAGGACCCUACGGUAUGCUGCUGCUUGUAUCUUGCCUUCCCUUCUAUUAGAAUGGAUAACACGUAUUUGUUUUGCUUGCUUUGUGUGGAUGUUGCCUUGUGGAUACCAGAUCAGAGUCUGAGUUGAGUCCUACAGUGUACCGUUUGGCCAAACAGCGCUUCCGCUGGUGGUCAUGGUGCAAGCGAUUGCUUGAUUUCAUUCGUUGACUUUCGGCUCAAUCGCGUGCAACCUUGUCAGUUAAGUUUGGCACGAAGCCUUGGGAAAAGGUCAUUUGCGACGCAUUGAUGACUUAUUGAGCUUGUCAUCACUGGAUUUGGAUGAGGUCAUAAGGCAUAGAGCUCUGUCAAUACUGCACUGUUUAACUCUUUGGGGCAGAAACCAGACAUGAUAGGAUUGCCUUGGUCGGAAGGUACGAUACCUACGAACAGUUCUGUUCGGUGGAUGGUAAUAAAAAUAUGCACCUGGAAGGUCCUUGGAUCUUAUUCUCCAACUUGGGAGUUUUGGAUCUGGAAGGCCAACGUGAACGUUUAAAUUACCCCAUCCUCAAUUCUACUGGUGGCCAAAAAUGGCGGUGUCGGGAGUACUACCAGGAAGUAGCUUGGAUCUUCACUUGAAGGCUCGAAUGAAUCGAAUCUUCACCUCAAAACCUGAAAUCCACAUCAAAUGAUGAUAGAUCAACAGUGGAGACUCGACUCGACUCGACUCUGACAGACGAAUGCACACUCCACAGUACUCUCUAGAGAGUAUUGGUAUAGCACAUCACUUCAACGAGGGGUUGAUACAAAAUCUGCCCCAUGCUAUCUCCUUCCUUGCUUCUCCUGCGACGCCAUGGCGCCGUCAAGUCUGCCUGCCGUUGCUUCUCCAGCCAAAGAGACGACACUGGAUUGUGGAUGAAGGAUUUUGAAGGAAAGGAGCCAUACUCUAUGGCUGUCAUGGGGCCCAAUCUGAAAUGGCAAGUUGUGGAAAAGGGCAGGAACACUCAAAUGGACGAAAAGCCUGCCACUUUUGGAGCACGGAUCUGCUCUCGCAAAGACUUGGGUACGAACGUGCAAAUCACCCCAGAGAUACUGCGUCUUGCAGAUCGUAAAACUACACGAAACCUAUUUUUUGAGAUUGUGCGAGACGAGGUGGUCCGAAGCUUGGGAGUUCCCUUAGGAUUCAAAGACAAAGUUACCAUAUUCAAUUCACUGAGCACCAUUGGCACAUUCGAGCCUUACGAUGAAGAUUUUCCGACCCGAUUGCGGUGGAACUCUCACGGUCUUGACUCUGGAAGCAGAAAGAUCCUCGAAUACUUGGGUGCACGAUGCCGCGUCCGCAGCGAUGAUAUUUACGAUCCGGAUUUCUUCACUGCUCUUGAUCUCACUCUGCCGAACUUGCCAUUCUUUCGGGGCAUCAAGGAACAGGAUAGAGGUUGGAUCUAUGAGGCCGCCACAAACGCCCACAACAAAGGGUUUCGCUUGGAGUGGGCUGCAAUUCACAUUAUAGGUUACGGGCCUGAUGGUACAUGUAAUCAAUGCGAGUUUUCGAAACUUGUAUCCCCCCAAUUGCAUUUGCCCUGCUUUGAAGGUGAAGAUAGGUUCAGAAAGGCAUUGAUGGAAGCAUUCGAAGAUCCCGGGUCGGCACGAGAAGAUGAGUAGAUCAGAAUGAACGUCGUACGGUACGAACUGGUACAUUACAUGUAAAACUAAACCUACUCCAGUACUAGCUAGUGUAGAACAUCAA